AUGGUCAUUGCUUUGAACCCAAACAACAAGACGGGGCUUGUCGAUACCCUAAUGGACAUCAGCGAUCCUGCGAGCCCCAACUACCGCAAAUUCUUGUCGAAGGAGGAGGCUGCCUCUUUCAUGACGCCUGCACCGGAGAGCGUCCAAGCAGUGACGAGCUGGCUGGCGAAGUACAACGUCACUCCGGACGUCGUCUCCCCCGCGGGCGACAUCAUGCGCAUUCACGUUCCUAUCGCGACUGCCAAUGCGUUGCUAUCGGCGAACUACUCGGCGUUCGUGCAGGAAGGAACCGGUGCCACCGCCCACAAGACGGACGUGUACGCAAUCCCAGAAGCCGUGCAGCCGCAUCUGGCGUUCGUGUAUCCCACCACCCAUCGCAAGACGCCAGUGAAGACGGUCGCUCCGCCCAAGCGGGGCAGGAGGACGCUGUCGAAGAGGGCGGUGCUCCCCGCCAACUGCGUGGAUGGCAUCAAUCCCACCUGCGUUCAGGCACUAUAUAACAUGCCGACCGCGCCGGCGACUAACCCGAACAAUAGUAUCGCCGUCAGCGGAUUCCUGAACGAGAUCCCCAAUCAGCAAGACUUGAACGAGUUCUUGUUCGCUACCAGGAAAGACAUCACAAAUACUAUUCAGCCAUUCAGCGUUGAGAGCAUCGAUGGAGGCGUCACGGACACGCAAGGCCCGGGAACGUUGGAAGCGAGCCUCGAUAUACAAUACACUGUCGGUCUAGCGACGAAUGUACCCACAACGUUCGUCUCUGUCGGUCCUAACAACCAAGAUGGCGUCGGUGGCUUCUUGGACAUCAUCAACUUCUUACUUGCCCAGGACAGCCCUCCGCCCGUCCUCACGACGAGCUUCAGCAUUCCAGAGGGUGGUAUUGGUCCAGAUGUCUUAGAGAAUCUGUGUUUGGCAUACGCUCAAUUGGGAACUCGCGGGACCAGCAUUCUCUUUGCCUCAGGUGACGGUGGUGUGGCUGGUCAAGAGCCUCUGGACACAUGUCCCGACGAUCUCUUCCUGCCCACAUUCCCCAGCACCUGUCCAUAUGUGACCUCUGUAGGCAGCACGGAGGGAGUCGCACCCGAAGUCGCAGGAACAUUCUCCGCGGGGGGCUUCUCGAACAUCUUCCCGGUGCCAGACUACCAGAGCAGUGCUGCCCAGAACUACCUCAAUGCUCUCAACAUCAGCUCGGACAAUCCGCUGUCGGGCAAAUUCAACACGACAGGCCGCGCAUUCCCGGACGUGUCCACUACAGGAAGGGACAUCGCCAUCAUUGUUAAUGGUACAGGGCAGCCGGUGCUGGGGACGAGUGCAUCGACCCCGAUAUUCGCGAGCAUCGUCGCAUUGGUCAACGAGCAGCUGCUCAACGCAGGGCAGCCGCCGCUCGGGUUCUUGAACCCGCUUCUGUACGCGUCGGGCACCGCGGCGGUGUUCAACGAUAUCGUAGUCGGGAACAACCCAGGAUGCGGAACGCCUGGCUUCCCUGCGCUUCCUGGUUGGGAUCCGGUUACUGGUCUAGGCACACCUGACUUCCUCCGGCUUCUGAGCCUUGUCAUGCCGAAUUCCUCAACUUCGACUACGAACAUUGGAAUAUAG